AUGGAAGAGGCUGGUUAUUUUACACAAGAAGCCUCUUCUUCUUCGGGAGAAGAAUGUGAAGAGGGCGAUGAUGUUGGAUUGUCUGUUCCUUACUCCAAAGCUGCAAGAAGCAAAACAAGAAGUCGAACAUCACCAUCUAAACAACAACCAAAGGCCAAGAAAAAGAAGCUUCAAGAUACCAUCAAUCAAGGCUUUGAAUUUUUGGAACAAAUAGAGCAAUAUUUAAAGAAAGAAUUACCAUUUGUCACAACCAACGACGAAAUAGAUGAAAAGUUGAAAGAACAAUUGGUGGCAAUACCAGAUAUCGAAGGGUGCACUGAUAUGACUUCCUUGAGAAGGUUAUUGUUGACUUUGAGUAUUGAAUAUUCGAAAGAAACUUGCCCUAUUUUUAAUUGCAAGGAUGAUACAAGUUGUUUGAUGAAAUAUGCUCAAGAUCCUUCAAUUCAAAAUCUUCAAGCUGUUAUCGAACAUUAUAAUCUCCGUGAUGAUUGCUAUUCUUCAAUCCUUAGAUCUCUUAUUCCACCAAAGUUGAACAUUUUAGGUUGUGCUACAGAAUUGCAGCUCACCACAACACACUUCAGUUCACUGUUUGAAUUGGCUCUCCUUUCCAAAAACAAGAUAUUUGUCAAUAGCAACAAACAGAUACCAAACAUGUUAAAUAAGAAAAUGUUGUCACAAAAAAUUAAGGAUUCAAUGAAAGAACUUCAAGUUGAUGCCAUUUUGGCCCAAAAGUACAAUGAUAGGUACAUUACCAAAAUUAUUAGAGAAGACAAACAUGAGCAUUCGUUUAGCCAUUUUAAUCAUCCAGAUUUUUUAAGAGUGGUAUUUGUGAUGAGAUUGGCACUUUCAAAGAACAUUAGACAUCUUGUUAAAAAGGAUCUGGAAUCAAACAUACACGACAAAUUAUUUAUUCUUGGCAUGACUACUGACAACAUACAAACAAAUUUGUAUUGUAUGCAUGCAAAUAUUAAGGAUGAUCUAUCUAUAUCUUACAAAAUGUAUACACUUGGAAAUUUCCAACAUACUGAGGUAAAAGAACGUGCACAAUUGAUACAUAUAAUUUUGAACUCCUUUUCUAUUCCUGACUCAGAUAUAGUAGAAACGUAUUUAAAGCACUCAAAACCUUCCAUAAAAGAGCCCCAAACAGAAAAGAAGAAGCCUCAAACAUCCUUAGUUGUUGGAGGACUGAUUAUCAAAUUACGUGAAAAAGCACCAGAGAAACUUUGCCAAACAACAAAAUCUUUGUGGAAAUGUGAUAUCAUUAAUCCAAAAUCUAAUAACAGUUGGAAGGCUUUUUGUAAACAAGUUGAGCCGAAUAGUAGUGAUUCAUUAAUAGGUAAUCUUAAGUUCCUAACAUUGUUCAUCACUCGUGCAAGUUCAGGAGAAAUUAUCUUGUUGGAGGGUGAAAAGGUUGAGACUAUAUCAGAUCCGGAAGAGAUUAUUAGUUUGACUAUAGACUUAUUGGUGCAACUGUAUUUUCUCAAAAAUAGUCGAAUAAUUCACAACGAUUUAAAACCACAAAAUAUUGUAAAGUAUGACAACCAUUAUUUUAUAAUUGAUUAUGGCUUGUCAAUUGAAUAUGCUAGCUGUGAUGGAGAUGUCUGUAAGGAUUUUGACCAGAAUGUAAUCACUUCAACUUCUGGAUCUCCUUCUUAUGAUUCACCAGAAAAGAGAAAACAUGGCAGUGUUUCUCCUAAAAGUGAUUUGUUUUCAUUAGGUCGUUCUAUUAGUGAAAUAAUCAAUGAGUCUUUAAGAACAGAUAUUAAAAACGAUAUGGAAGAAACCCAUAGAAAGCAGUUCAAUAUGUUUAUGAAAGAAUUAAUAUUGAACAUGACAAAAAAAAACAAUGUUGAAAGAUGGACAGUAGAGGAAUGCAUUACAUUUGUAAAGAGUUUGUACCCAAUCGAGUGUAGAACAUCAGUUGAGUUUUUCAAGCAAAAAGAAAAAUACAGAACUCCAGUAACCGACACAGAUGAUGGAAAUAUUUUUGGAGAAAUAUAG